AUGCCAAGAGAUUUUUUGCAUGAUAUCAUUGAGUUUUUUAUGUCUUCAAACAAGGAAAACUUUGUUAUAUUCCACAUAAUUUAUUUAAUGAAAAAUUGCAUCGAAAAUUGUGAUGUGUUUAUCAAUAGUUUGCUAGGACCUGGUCAUCAAAAUGAUUUCCUAGUUGCCCGCGAUUCAAAAAUUUUCAGCCCAUUGCUUUAA